AUGUCAUGCCGUCGAAGAAGCCGAACUACUCCGGGUUAUUUACCAGCCAGUAGUUUGGAUGAUAGGAUCAGGGACGACUAUCGCUAUAAUUAUCGAACAUCAAGAUACUCAAGGCCUUAUCCACCAAAUUACGACUACUACUCACGUCCGCCUUCUGUAUAUCAGCCUGUCGAGACAUAUUAUGCAAGACCACGUGAGACUUACUACUCUCGUCCUCCUUCAGUUUAUCAGCCUACAGAAACACUUUAUCCUGGACCUAUGCCAAACAGUUAUCAGCGUCGUAGUUAUGUUCAGCCCGUUUCUUAUCAGCCUGUUUAUCCGUCAUAUCGCUCAUCUGUUGGAGAUUUAUACUCGCCACGAACAUAUUCGUCGUACCCAUAUCGUCGUUCGUUAUACAACCCUCCAACGAUAGAUCCUGACACGAUUUCCAAUAAUGGCAACACCAUUUCAUAUUCUCCUCAUACAUAUCCAAGGGUUCAGAUUUACCACACAAGGAAUACGAACGAUGGGUACUAUUAUUGA